UAAAAUUCAAAAAUCCUAACCUAGUUCCAUAGAUGAAACUAAAUCCUCAAUAAUUUUAUGAUAAUGGAUGUUUUAAAAAUAUUGUUAUUGCAGAUUUUAAUAUUAUGUUUUAUAAUUAUUUGCAAAGCACAAAAUAUACAAUUUCCUUCGAAUGACCAUACCAAUAAUUGGGCAGUGUUAGUAGACACUAGUAGAUUUUGGUUUAAUUAUCGACAUGUAGCAAAUGUACUAUCAAUAUAUCGGAGUGUAAAGCGUCUAGGUAUACCUGAUAGCCAAAUUAUUUUAAUGAUUGCUGAUGAUAUGGCAUGUAACCCAAGAAACCCUAGACCUGCGACAGUUUUUAAUAAUGCUAAUCAGCAUAUAAAUGUAUAUGGAGAUGAUGUCGAGGUAGACUACAGGGGUUAUGAAGUUACAGUGGAAAAUUUUGUAAGACUACUUACUGGAAGACUUCCACCAGGUACCCCGAGAUCUAAACAGCUCUUAACAGAUGAAGGGAGCAAUGUUCUGGUUUAUUUAACUGGCCAUGGUGGUGAUGGAUUUUUAAAAUUCCAAGACUCUGAAGAAAUAACUAGUCAGGAAAUGGCUGAUGCUUUAGAACAGAUGUGGCAAAAGCAGAGGUAUCAUGAAACUUUUUUUAUGAUUGAUACCUGUCAAGCAGCUUCCAUGUAUGAACGUUUUUAUUCACCAAAUAUAUUAGCUGUUGGCAGUAGUUUAGUUGGAGAGGAUUCUCUUUCGCAUCAUGUAGAUCCUGCUAUUGGAGUUUAUAUCAUAGAUAGAUACACCUAUUAUGCCUUAGAUUUUUUAGAAAAUGUCGAUCCUCAAACUAAUAAAACAAUGGGAGAAUUUCUACAAGUUUGUCCCAAAAGUGUGUGUAUAUCGACAGUAGGAGUGCGAAGAGAUUUAUUUAUGAGGAAUCCAGAUAAGGUGCCCAUAACGGAUUUUUUUGGAUCAGUAAGACCUGUUAAUCUUCUUACCAAAAUUAAAAUACAGCCAAUGAUAUCUAGUCAAUUAGAAACUAACACAACUGAUAAAUCUAAACCAAAGAAAUAUAGAUACAUUCCACCACUUAUAAAUUUUAAUACAGUUGUAUAUUAAUUUGUUAAUAAUUAAAAUAUAAUGACAUUAAUAAUAAAUGUAAAUG